AUGGUGCUGACGUACUUCAAGCGCGCCGCGCUGCCCACCAGCGAGUACACCCGCAUCAACCUCUUCACCGCGCUUCUUCCUCUCUCCUUCCUUCAUUCCUUCCCCUCUCCUUCUUUCCUUCCCCCCUCCUUCCUUCCUCCCUCCUCUCUCCUUCGUCCCGGUCAGAUCUGGCAGUUUGGUGAGUGGCAGGACGUGGUGGUGGACGACUACCUGCCCACCAAGGACGGCAAGCUGCUCUUCGUCCACUCUGCCGAAGGCACCGAGUUCUGGAGCGCUUUGCUGGAGAAAGCCUACGCCAAGGUGAACGGGUGCUACGAAGCGCUGUCGGGCGGCAGCACCUCGGAGGGCUUCGAGGAUUUCACCGGGGGGGUGACGGAGUGGUACGACCUGCGCAAGCCGCCCGGGGACCUCUACCACAUCAUCCUGAAAGCGCUGGAGCGGGGCUCCCUCCUGGGGUGCUCCAUCGACAUAACGAGCGCCUUCGACAUGGAGGCGGUGACGUUCAAGAAGCUGGUGAAGGGCCAUGCCUACUCGGUGACGGGCGCCAAGCAGAUCAACUACCGCGGCCAAUCGCUGGGCCUGAUCCGUAUGCGCAACCCCUGGGGCGAAGUGGAGUGGACCGGAGCCUGGAGCGAUAACUCGUCCGAAUGGAACGCGGUGGAGCCGGCGCUGAGGCAGCAGCUGAUGGUGAGGAUGGAGGACGGGGAAUUUUGGAUGUCGUUCCGGGAUUUCCUGCGGGAAUUCACCCGCCUGGAGAUCUGCAACCUCACCCCGGACGCUCUCCAGUCCCGCAAGUUCCGCAAGUGGAACACGCGGCUCUACGACGGCACGUGGCGGCGCGGCAGCACGGCCGGCGGCUGCCGGAACUACCCCGGUGCGCCCCUGGCCUUCCUCUUCUUCCUCUUCCUCUUCCUCUUCCUCUUCCUCUUCCUCUUCCUCUUCCCUUUUCCACUGCCUUUUCCUUUUCCCCCUUCCUCGUUUCCCCUUCCUCUUUUCCCCAAAGUGCUGUCCGAAAGCGAAAUCGAUGACAACUUCAAGCAGCUCUUCAGGCAGCUGGCGGGGCCG